AUGCCUCCCCCCGCGCGCUACUGUCGUUGCUGCUGCCGUGAUGCGCCGCUACUUUUGCUUGCUCCUGCUACUGUUCGCCGCUGGUUACCGUACUGCCGCUGCUGCGCAGCUGCUGCUUCCCCGCGGCUCGCGCCUGCCUCCUUCCGUGCUCGCCUGCGCAGCUCCGCUGCCUACUGCUCCCCCAGCUGCCUGCGCCCGCCGCCGUCUCCGCCCCGCGGCGCCUGGCCGCUUCCGCCGUCCGCCACGGCGGCCCUCUCCACUAACCGCGCCGCCCUGCUCCGUCCGCCGGAGCCAGGCUGUGCGCUCGCCCCUUCGCCCGCUGCCCCGCGGCGCCCUGUCAGGCUGGCGCUCGUCACCCGUUCCGCCCGGCGCCCGUUUCAUGCUGGUGCCCAGGAGUCAGAAGCAACUUUCGACGAGUCCUACUACACCAAGGGUGCCUACUACUACGUGCAGGCCCCCGCCGACGUCCAGGAGUAG